CCCGGUCGGCACUGUGCUGGCGAAAUACCAAUCUCUGUAUCAUGCCAUUUAUAAGUCACUAGCAUGCAUGGAUAAUAACCAGAUGUUAGACUCAAAGUCAGUAUCACAACAACACCAGGAACAUGCAUUAAGAGGAGUCCCUCGAAUUUUAACAAUUCGAUAUAAUGCAUGGCAUUAUAGAGGCCGACAUGAAGCUUGGGCAGGACUAGGAGUCACAAUAACCAAAGAAAUUGAGAAUGCAAUGACAAGAGCUCAAUGGAUGAGCACAUGCUGGAGAUAUACUUGGGCCAAGCACAGAGUCAACAUUUGGAUACAAAUAUUUUUGCCUUGUCUGCUCAGCAUAUCUCUUGCUUUAUGGGUUGCAUGGAUAAUAUGGAUGCUACUAAAACAAGCAAAGUUCCAAGGUUUAAAAUAUGGAUCCAUACCUUUUACUGUAAUAGCAAUUACAUGGGUUGUGUUAAAAUCAGUUAUUUCUGUUGUCAAACCUGUGAGCACACAAAUGUUGGGGUAUAUCACUUCACCAGAUCAUGUAAGUCACCUUGGCUAUCAGGAAGAUGUUAUUGCUAAUAUCAAUUUAUUGAAGAAAGAGCUUGGAAACAAGCCACAUUGGUUUUUCUCUGUCAUUUCAGGUGUAUGGUGUUGGAACUGGUUUGGCUUAUAUGCUGACGUCAUUGCAAAUACAAUAAUUCCGAAAUUCAUGCCAGCCUCUGGAGAUCGAAUUAGAAUAGGGACCUUUGUGGAUGAUUUAGAUAGAUGCGACGAGGAGGUCAUAUUGCGGGUAUGUGAAUUCGAAAUUUGGGUGCACAUGACUGUUUUCUUGGCAUUCUCUGAAAGUUCACACUAAGUUUGUCCUGCUUAAACAGGUUUUAUAAGCAGUAAAUUUAGUCUUAGCCGAAUGUAAAAUCAAUGCCAUACUGGGGAUUGAUGAAAAGAUGAUUGGAAGAGCAAUUAGAAGAAAAUUUGAAGACGUUGAUGAUGAAGAUAUUGCAGAAAAGUUUAUCAGCAAAGUUAUUCAAAUUCCACUCAGCUUGCCAGAUCCCACAGAAGAAGAAACAAAUAGAUUUUUAGAAUACCACUUGGGACAUAAAAGCCCAGGUUUGAAGUUGAUACCCAUUGAAAUACUCAUAAUAGUACAUGUUAUGGUAACACUAAUA